AAACAUUGUUAAAAUAAAAACCACUGCGUGCGCAACAAUACUUAAAUUAAAUAGAUGAAUUACAAGUACUCAUAAAAAAAAGAGUGGCUAACAAUAAAUUAAUAACAACAAUUAAAAAGCUGAAUAAACAAAUGAAAAUAAUAAUAAUUUAUUGCUAAAAUAAAAGUGCAUUUUACAUAUUUUAUCAAUUUGUUUAUCAGCUUAUUAAUUAAUAAACAAACAAAAGAAGAAAAAAAAAAACAAUUAAACAAUUGUUGAGUAUUAUUAUGGUUGAUAAUAAACCAGACACUUCAAUGACACGUUUGCCGAUAUUUGUAAUUCUCGGUUCAACUGGAACUGGAAAAUCUCGUUUAGGUAUUGAACUUGCUAAAAGAUUUGCUGGUGAAAUUAUUUCAGCUGAUAGUAUGCAGGUAUACAAAGAGUUGGACAUCAUAACAGCAAAAGUAACAAAAGAAGAAAAAUUAGCAGUACCUCAUCAUAUGCUUGAUCUUAUUGAUCCACUAGUAAACUAUUGUGUUACUGAUUAUCAACGAGCAGCAUUACCAAUUAUAAAUGAUGUUAUAACACGAAGAAAAUUACCAAUCAUUGUUGGAGGAACAAAUUAUUAUAUUGAAUCAUUGCUUUGGCAAGUUUUACUUGCUGAUCCUGAAUUAAUUGAGGGUAAAGUUAAUACUGAGGAUAAUAAAAAAAAUGAUGUAACUACAUGUGAUACUGAUGGUGAUAAUGAUAAAAAAAAUGAUGUAUCUACAUGUGAUACUGAUGGUGAUAAUGAUAAUGAUUUGACAUCAUCAAAAAAAAUGAAAUUUGAUGAUUCAAUUGAAUCAAAUUUGGCAUUGCAUCAAAAAUUAAGUAAAAUUGAUCCAGAAAUGGCUCGUCGAUUGCAUCCAAAUAAUAGAAGAAAAAUUAUUAGAUCAAUAGAAGUAUUUGAAAAUCAUGGAAUUACUCAUUCAGAAAUACUGAAAAAACAAAGAACAGAAGGUGGCUGUGGUUUAGGUGGUCCUUUACGUUUUCAAAAUUCAAUAAUAGUAUGGCUUCGUUGUGAUCAGGAAAUUUUAGAUGAUAGACUAGACCGAAGAGUAGACUCAAUGAUAGAGACUGGACUUAUUAAUGAGCUUUUAAAUUUUCACGAGUGUUAUGCUCGAGAAUGGACUAAAAUAAAUUUAUCACCUGAUUAUACAAAAGGUAUAUUUCAGUCUAUUGGCUUCAAAGAAUUUCAUAAUUAUUUAAUUUUACCUGAUGAUGAAAAAAAAAGUGAAAAGGGACAAGCUUUAUUUGAUCAAGGAGUAAAAGAUCUUAAACUCGUUACAAAAAGAUAUGCUAGACGUCAGCAACGAUGGAUCAUGAAUAGAUUUGUAAAACGUACUGAUAGACAGGUUCCACCAAUUUAUGAAUUAAAUUGCACAAAUCUUGACAAUUGGAAUACUGAUGUCUUAAAACCAGCUGUAGAUAUUAUUAAUUCAAUUUUAAAUAAUGAAAAAAUUGAUAGAAAAACAAUGCAAGAUAAUUGUAAAGAAGAAAAAAAAACAGAUAGUAGUAAUGAAACGACUUAUUGGUGUGAGACAUGCGACAAAAUAUUAGUUGGAAAUGCACAAUGGAAAGCACACAAAGAUGGUACAAGACACAAAAAAAUGAGUAUCUCCAAAAAAAGACUACAAUUAGCAGCGAUGGAUGAUCAACAAUAAUCGUGUUUGUAACAAAUUUCGAAUUUUCUAAUCUCAUAGAAAAUCAAUUCUUUUUUUUUAGCUAUUUAACUCUGUGUAAAUCGGAUGAUUUAUACAGAUAAUUUUCUAUCCAUAAAUACAGGAUUUGAUAUAUAUUUUAUAUCACAAUAUGAGUUAUUUAAAAAAUAAUAAAUACAUAUUUUAUGUACAUCAUGUGAACGCUGAUAAUUCCAACUAGUUUUAGUAAAAAAUUGACACUUAGUUUUUAAUAACUGUAAGUGAUUUAAACAAGCAGUUAUGUAGGAAAAAAUUUUACAUAACAAAAUACUACUUUUAUAAAAAGUAGUUUACAAAAAAAAAUAUACACAAAUAUACUUCCAACAUUAAUAAUAAGUCCGAAGACUUGUUAGAAAAUUUAUUAACUCAAUUGGUUAUAUUUGCAAAUGAAAAUUAACAAUGUGGUUUUAAAAAAAAUAAAAUUGUUUUUAAUUAAAAUUCAUGAUAAGACCAUAAACUUGAAAUAAAAGUUUUUAGCUUUUUAAGUUGAUUAUUUUUAAGUUUGUCAAUAUUAAUUUUUAACUUAUUUUGUUAUUAAAUAAAAAAGAAAGUUAAAUUUUUUUUAUGAUUUUGUUUUUAUUUAUUUAUUUUUUAAAUAUUAAUUUAAAACAUUAAGAUUAAAUUACAAUUGAUGAAUAUUAU